AUGUCUUCCAUUGUUGGCUUGAACGAUGGUGCGGAUGAACAGAACAAGUGGGUGCGUGUGUUGAAGGAUGUGGAGGAGGUCUGUGUGAGACAGGGUGGGCGGCGAAGGAGCGAUGCUGCCGAUGUGCUUCGCAACCGCAUCAACAAUGAAAUGCCGGCCCCGGAUGCAUCUGUUCCUGGUGAACUUUUGGGUCGUGAAGGAGCCCAAGAGAGGCGAACACUUCAAAAAAUUCGGAGAAUUCAGAAGAUUGCCCGUGGCACGGCUGAAAAUGAGCGCAAUGUGGAAUCAGCUAUGUUCCAAGUCAAACCUUCCAAGUUGGUUGUUCCGACCAGAGACGAACCGCUGUCGAUGUUUGAUCCGGCCACCUGGGGCAUGUCGUUUCCGGAUUUGUUUCCAUGGGGUGAUGGCUUGCCUUUUUUGAAGCGUGAAGCCAACAUGGAUGCAACAGAAGUGUUUCGAUAUUUGUUGCUUCGGGAAGAACUGCAUUACAGUGAGGGUGAUGCCUUGUUGCCAAGAUGGUCGCUUUCAGAGACGUUGCUUCCAGUGAUGUACGACGUGCAGCGUCGAUUACAGUUGAUGCGUGCGACGAAAGCGCAUGUGAUGCGUCGUGGCUUUGGCAAACAUUGUCGUGUUAUUUCUGAAGUCAACACGGACCAAUUGCUCAAGGCAAUGGCAUUGCAUGGAGACAAUGCGGACCUCAGGGAGUUGCUGCGAGAUCCGCAGGUGGAUGUGGCCUUGAAGCGAGCAUUGGGAGGAGUGCUUCAGGCAACUUCGAGCAUCAUUGGCAUGGAAGGGCACCGCAGCCAGAUCCGGUUGCGUGGACAUGCGGCUGGGUGGCAUUAUGGUUCUGCGCAUCUGUUCGUCACUCCCAACAUCGCAGAUAUGCGCUCGUCCUUGCUACUUCAAUUGCACCUGCAGAAUGUCAAAGUGGAAGAGUGCAAAAUUGAUUUGGACUGGGAGGCGGAGAUGCCCGAAUUGCCCAGCGCAGCUGCUAUGCGACGGAUUGUCGCGAGCGAUCCCGUCGCUCAAGCGCGUUGCUUUGCCUUGAUGAUGGAUUUGUUCUGUGAGGAAGUGUUGGGCAUUCUUCCACCUUUGACCAAGGGAAGUUUUCGGGUUGGCGUGGCAGCAACCUUCGAAGAUGGCAUUGCGAGUUCCCUGCAAGGAGGUGUUUUCGGUGAUAUUGUGGCGUUGAAUGGCCCGUUGGAGACUCAGGGUCGUGGUUCUUUGCACCCCCACAUGCUUAUUAUCUUGCUGGGACACGACCUGGGAGAUCGCUUGCGGAAACUGAUUCAUCGGGUGCAGCAUGGUGAGUUGGUCGUUGAGUUGCAGCGGUGGAGUCGUCGUGUUUUGGAGGCUGUGCAGCGUUUUCAGUAUGAUUCUCAAUUGGCCUUGUCGGAGCAGUUGAGCAGUCCGACACAGCCACUGCCUCUGAAUGAACGUCAGCGAUCAGAAUGUGGUCACCAGUAUGAAUCCGCACCUUUGGUGCCUACGGAGCCGGAUGGACACGAAUUGGAAGCCUUGAAGUUGGGCGGAUCCGUGGCUGGCAAGGUUUUGACAUUGACCGGAUGCUAUGCUUCUUUGCGACCCAAGUAUCUGCGACGCAGUGAACGUUCUGCGGGAGAUGGUCUUGAGUGGAAGAAAAAAUUCUGUGAGGAUUACAGACGUUUGGUGAUCCAGAAAGCCGUGAAAGGCAAACGUGGGUGUCGCUUUGGUUGCUUUCACGUUGAAAUGAUUCUGGGCAAGGAGGACAAGCCGAAAGUGUUAUGUCGGAAAGGUUGGCCUCGAGUUGCGAAAGCAGGUUUUUCUCGGUUGCAAUAUGAGACAGUAGAUUUGAAGGAGGUUGAAGAGUUCAAAAACGAAAGCCCGCAUGUGUUUCAAGCUCGGCGUGAUCACCCUUUUGAAGGGAUGUCGGACCCGGUGGCGCAAGCAGUGAUGCGAUGCAAUGUGGAUGUCAAGUACAUUGGACGCAAUUUUUCAGAAGCAGACCUUUUGAAGUUUUGUGAUGGGAGCAUAGACCAGGAGCCUGGAGUCGAAGUUCCUGCUUCUGCAUCUUCUCUGUUGGAACUGUCCGGGAGUGGAUUGCAGGAGAUGGAACUUCAACGCCCGGCGCUUGGUUCGUCUUCGGAUGCUAUAUCGGGUGCUGAUGCCUCACAUGCAGAGCGACCUGUGUCGACUGAGUUGGAUGCUUCGGAUCCGCCGCCGAAGAAGCAAUGCAUGGGUCGUGUUUUGGACACGGAGCAUAAGAAGAUGCAGACGAUGAGAAAGGCGCUUGAGCGCAUUCUGGUGGACCUUGCAAGAGAUAUGAUGAAUGUUGGUUUUUACACUGGUGAGUAUGCUGCAAAGAAGUUUGAAAUUUCGCGGAGUAUGUUACCUGAAUUGUAUGCAGGAGUGCAGCGAUUGGAAGAGGAGGAAAGGGAAAGGGCAAAGGAAGCUGCAGCGGCCUCCGAGCAGGAGCCCCUGGAGGGGGACAGGGACCCUACUAUGACAGGGCAACAGAGGCGUGCAUUGACGAUUUUGAGAAGACUUGCCUUUGGAAUGAAUCGUUGUGUGGCCAAAUCCAACGGUGAAAUGGCGUAUCAGAUGUUAUUCGAGCAGGAGCAACUGGUGACGUAUCGUGGCUACAACAUGUUCUUCCGCUAUGUGCCGUAUGCAAUCAUGCGUUGCAGACAUGAGGACAUGGAGGAGGUUUUGCAAGCUAGGCCGCAUCUCAAUGGCUCGCCCUUGGAUGUGCUUCCUGACCCCGAAGGAGAGGCACCAGUGGUGGUGGAUGAGUUUGCGGAGGUUGUUGAUGAGGGAGGUGAUGUGCCUAGAGUCCAGCAGGUGCAUGUGAACUUCAACCAGAAAGACGAUUACUUGCACAGGGGCUCUUCGGUUUUGUUGCAAUGCAUGUCUCUUUUGAUGUAUUCUCGCUUCGUUCGCAGAGUUUCGAGGAACAAAGCCGGCAAGGUGGAUGGAGUGAAGUUUUUCGACUUUGAUGAGCACUAUGCCCACUUCAGUUCCUCCGUUCAGGAAGUGAGAGCAGCAGAUGACAGUGUUGUGGUGCCUUCAGAUUUGCACCUUCCGAAGGAUGCUGAGGUGCAGAAGUACGCAGCUCACAUGUUGGGAUUAUCUUUUCCAUUCCCAACGUGUUCUGGAGAUUGCAGUUUGUCACAUCGAUGCUUUGCUUGCCACACCAUGGAAGAAGAUGCAAAGCAAGGCGUUCUUUUUGCUCGUUUUACGCUGCAUUGGAAGCACUGGAAAAGUUACAUGUCAAUGAGGAGGUGUUUGGCGGAGGAAAGAGUUUUGGCCGGUUUGUCUGCUCCGGUCAUCCGGGAUGUUGCAUCAGUGCGUUCCUAUGUUGCUGGCAUUGGUGACACCAGCAGUGCUUUUAGAUGUUUGGAGAAGCUGUUCGGUGGAGCAGAAGGAGCGGAUUGUCGCUAUCAUGACAUGCUGCGCAUCUGUGAGCGCGUUGCCUGGUUCGCAGACUUGUCCGUUCCGUUUCAUUACACUCAGUUGACAUCGCAAGAGUUCUUGGCCUAUAUUCAGACAUCGUGGUUGGAGCGUUUCCAGCAGCACUGUGCUGCACGUCGUCUCAGCAGCAGUCGUCGGACAGCUGAGCGUUAUGCUUUGAUGACUGCUUUGGACAAGGAGGAGGACCUGGAAGAUGAUUCGGCACCGCCGGUUAUAGAAGGACACGAGGUCGAGGAUGAUCUGCUAUUGCAAGAAGAGUUGGACAACUUGGAACGUGCGCAGUGGCCGGUGGAUGGAGAAGCAUUGCACGAAGCUAUGUUUCGGGAAGAGGAUUGGAUGAAGGUGUUGGGCAAUCGAAAGCCAUCUGUAUUGCAGGAUGCGUUGCAGCGUUUGCGUGACUUUGUGAAUGGUUUGGGAGGUGUUCCGGAUGCGAGGAUUGAUUUGGGAAUCAAAGGCAACGCAGCCAGUGGAUUGGAGCGUAAUUGGACGUUCGCCGAAGCCCAGAGGUCUUUGAUGCUGCAGAAGCAAUAUUUGGAAUUUUGCGUUGGAGGUGGUGAAGAGGAUACUGAGAUGAUGGCAGAUCAUGUUUUUCGGCCUUUGCCAGAGACGGAAGAUGCCUUUUUGGUGGAGCUGAACCAGAGGAAUGUGGGUCCGAGUGAUUAUGCUUCUGCCUUGCUUGUGGAGCACAGUCUGAAUCGCCAACAGAUUUUGGCCAUUGCGCCCAUUGCUUGGGUCAUGGAACAGAUGUGGCUUAACCGAAGCAAUCCGGACAAUUGCAUUGCGGAUGGUGCGUGCAAUGAAAGGUGCAAUUGUCUUUGGCUCGGAGCUGGUGGAUCUGGAAAGACGUAUGCAUACAGCAAAGUAUUGAGGCCACUCUUUCGACGCUUUUUUGGACAGGAUGGUUAUGUUGCUGGUGCUCCGACGCACGCUGCUGUUCGCCUCCUGGGGCCUGAGGCCAAAACUUUGCACAAGUGGGCCAAUGUGCACAAGAGCAGCAGCUUGGAUCGCCGCUCCUUGCGUUCGGCGAAGAGCAAGGGCAGCCCGAUCGAAAAGAAGAUCGAAGGCAUCAUGGCCAUGCUGUUGGACGAGUUGUCGAUGGUGCCCAUUGGUGUGCAAGUUGCUGACUUUCUACAAUUGCGACCCACUGCGCAAGCAUCCUUGUGCGAAUGGGUGGAUGCGCCACGAGCUACUGAUCCUGCACCGCCUCAAGACCAAGAAGACCAAAGCGAUGCCGAAGAGGCCGUGGAGAAGGAGGCGGCUGAACGCACCAGCAAUGCCUCAGAACUUGGACGGAUCGCGUUCAAGCAAUCGCUCCAGCGAGUUGUGCACUUCACUGGAUCCGGUCGUUUUUCGAAGUGUGCAUCCGGACAGCAGCUUGUGAGGAUUCUUUUGUCCAUGCGGCGAGGCGAACAUCUGGAGGAUGCAUUGUGGGAAGCUUUGGAAUCUCGAGUGAUCAGCCGAGAGUCCACGACUCUUUUCUUGGUGCAAGCUAUUGAUCGUGCAUCGGGGCCCACAGAUUUGACAAGGGAGCAGAGCCUGAAGGCAUUGCAGGUUGUGAACAUGACAAGAACGCAGUAUCUCAUGGGCAUUUGCCCUUUGUAUGAAGGGAUGGCAGCACGUGUUAGUUGCAUUUUGGACAUGCCGAUGCUGAGUCGAGAGUUGCCGGUCAUUGUUCGCUCCAUUAAGUUGCACCCGAAGGAACCUGUAAUUUCAAACAGCAGUGGGCGUGUCGUUUUGCAAUAUCAGCCGUUGGCCGUCUUGGUCGAGAUCGAUGACCCGGAAUAUCGUGCCAUUGAAUUGCCAGAUGGCAGUGCUCCGAAGGGACACGUUUGGCUGCGUCCCGUUACAUGUGAUCAGGCCUGGGAUCUUCCUCUUGGGGGCAAUCAAUUUAUGCAGGUUCAUCGCAAACAGUUGCCACUGGCACCUCGUCACGUUCUCACGCACUACGGUUUGCAGGGCAUCACUGCCAGACAAGGGCUGCUUGCUUUCAUGUCCAAACCGUCCUGGAUGAGUCAAGCGGACUAUGGCUUGGCUAUGUACGUGGUGUUGUCAAGGCCAACCAAGCUGGAAGAUCUGUGGAUAGUGGAUUUGCCGCCUCGCAAUGUGUUCGAAAAGUUUCUGCACGAACACAAUCCUCUUUUGGUGCAGCGGAUGCGGGAGUUUGAAGGUCAGGCCUGCGUGGACGAGCGGAAGGCGCUGAAGUAUGUGCAUAGACUUUCAUGGCAGUGCAUCCCUUGGGUGUCACAGCAUUUGUCUGCAGAUGAAAUGUCUGCUGAUCUUUUUGCUUAG